UUUUUGUAGUUGAUCUUCAGAAAUGUGUCGUUUCACCACAACAGACGCAUCAACAACAUCCACCAUCACAUGACGACGUAGUUUAGUGUCAGUGGAGUUGGAUUCUCUUUUCAUAAGUCCUGUGUAUCCUCCUUGACUCCUUUGACAUCAUGACCUUUAACACUGAGGUCAAGGAACAGUAGAGAGGAAGGACAAUUCGACUGCACACUCCUGUACUGCAGCCAGACACCAAGGGGCGAUCACAAAGUACUUGUACUGUGGUACUACAUGAAUGUCUCAGUGCAGUACUUUGACUUGUAAUGGAAUAUAUUUACUCUGCUUGUCUAUAUUAUUAUUGUUGUUGUUGUUGUUGUUGUUGUUGUUGUUGUUUUCAUAGAAGGGCAAAUCAGGAAGUUCCAUUAAAAACAUCAGUAUUUCCACCGGAGCAGCUGCAGCUCGCUCGUGUUUCUCCGGGUGUUUCCGUGAGUUUUGAGCGACUCUCCUCCCGGCCUGUGCUGCGUGUGCUCGGCCUGCAGGGGGCGCUGCCGCCCGCUGCCCUCUCCCUGUCUCCUCCUCCUCCAUCAUCUCUCCGCGGUGCGUGUGUGUGUGUGUGUGUGUGUGUGUGAGGCUUCCCCCGCUAUAAAGCCGUGAGAGGCGGCUGAAGGCUGCAGUCUCCCCGGCAGCCGGAGGAGCAGCGGGAGGAAGAGGAGGAAGAGGAGGAUGACGCGCGGAGCUGCUCUGUUCAGAGCGUCUGAGCUGAAACCGGAAACUUUCUGAUGCUUCUCGUCUCUGAGCAGACUUCCUGUCACGCCCUCCACCAUGAGUGACAUCUACGAGUCCGCGGCCAACUCCCUGGGCCUGUUCAGCAGCCCCUGUCUGACCAAGGUGGAGCUGAGACUCACCUGUAAGGGGAUCUCCGACCGGGACGCCCUGAACAAGUCUGACCCCUGCGUGGUCCUCAACAUGCAGUCACACGGCCAGUGGAUGGAGGUGGACCGGACCGAGGUGAUGCGCAGCUGUGUGAAUCCCACCUACUCCAAGGUUUUCACCCUGGACUUUUAUUUUGAAGAGGUGCAGCGCCUGCGCUUCGAGCUGUACGACAUCACCAGCAGCCACAACGGCCUGAGGGAGGCCGACUUCCUGGGCUCGGUGGAGUGUACACUGGGACAGAUCGUCUCCCAGAGGAAACUGUCCAAAGCUCUGCUCAGGCCCGGAGGCACUGUGGGGAAAACCAUCAUCACGAUCACAGCUGAGGAGCUGACGGGGAACGACGACUACAUCGAGCUCUCGUUCAGCGCCAGGAAACUGGAUGAUAAGGACUUCUUCAGUAAGUCGGACCCGUUCCUGGAGAUCUACAGGCUGAAUGACGACGCCACGCUGCAGCUCGUCUAUAGAACCGAGACUGUGAUGAACAAUCUGAACCCCGUGUGGAAAACCUUCAAAGUUUCUCUCAACUCGCUCUGCAGCGGAGACCAUGAACGCAAGCUGCAGUGCACUGUGUGGGACUGGGACUCCAACGGGAAACACGACUACAUCGGAGAGUUUGAGGCAACGUUCAAAGAGAUGAGAGGAGCGAUCGAUGGGAGACAGGUCCAGUGGCCGUGUAUAAAUCCCAAAUACACCGUGAAGAAGAAGAACUACAGGAACUCGGGGAUCGUCAUCCUGAACCAGUGCAAGAUCAUCAAGAUGCACUCCUUCCUGGAUUACAUCAUGGGAGGCUGUCAGAUCCAGUUUACAGUAGCCAUCGACUUCACGGCCUCCAAUGGAGAUCCGCGCAACAGCUGCUCUCUGCACUACAUCCACCCGUACCAGCCCAACGAGUACCUGAAGGCCCUGGUGGCCGUGGGCGAGAUCUGCCAGGACUACGACAGUGACAAAAUGUUCCCGGCGUUUGGCUUCGGCGCUCAGAUCCCUCCUGACUACAAGGUCUCCCAUGACUUUGCGGUGAACUUUAACGAGGACAACCCCGAGUGUGCAGGUAUCCAGGGCGUGGUGGAGGCCUACCAGGCCUGCCUCCCCAAGCUGCAGCUCUACGGUCCCACCAACAUCGCCCCCAUCAUCCAGAAGGUUGCCAACUCUGCCUCGCAGGAGGUCCACACCAAAGAGGCCAUGCAAUACUUCAUCCUGCUGAUCCUGACGGACGGCGUCAUCACCGACAUGGCCGACACCAGGGAGGCCAUUGUCCAGGCCUCCCACCUGCCCAUGUCCGUCAUCAUCGUCGGGGUCGGGAACGCCGACUUCAGCGACAUGCAGAUGCUGGACGGCGACGAUGGGAUCCUGCGAUCGCCCAAAGGAGAACCCGUCCUCCGGGACAUCGUCCAGUUUGUCCCCUUCCGCAACUUCAAACAUGCGACUCCAGCCGCUCUGGCGAAGAGUGUUCUGGCAGAAGUGCCCAAUCAGGUGGUCGACUACUACAACGGCCGGGGCAUCAAGCCCAAAGUGCCCAGCGAGUACCAGUCUUCCAGGUCGUUCGGCCCCUGAGUGCCGCCGCCGGACGUCACGUCACGUCCCCCACCGGACUGAGACAAAUGUUUACUGUGUUUAGUUCUUUGUUAAUGCAGAUGUUAAAGGUGCUACGUGUAGCAUGUUAGCAUGAAGAGGUGUUUUUUUUACAAGAUACACAAGGCUACUGUCAGCUUCUACACUGCUUCUACCAGUGGGAGGGAUUUACGGGUCGGACAGGACUAUUUGAUAACACAGAACAUGUUUUCUUCUCCGAGGAGCUGCUGGUUACAGACGUCGUGCUCAUCUCACACGGACAGGUGAAAGUACGGUAGCUGGGAUGUGCCAAUUCAAUUAAUAGGAACAGUAGCACACCUCCUGAUGCUGCCGCUGUGAAAAACACCAUCUGUGGUGUGAUGCCCAGUAUUGAUCCUGAACACAGAAGCACAGGAGGCUCCUGGGUAAGUGAGUCCAGUCAGCGUUAGCCUCGAUUAGUGCCUACGACCACCAGCUCAUCCCGCCGCCAGACUCCACCCCACAGAGGGUCGCUGGGCGGUCGGGGAACACAAGCACACAUUAUGAUAUUCAACAAACCAAACACACAAACAUCACCACGGUGUCGUCCAAGAUCAGUAACCUCUUUGGUUCUGAUCGUUUGUUUUUCGAAGAAACAGAUUCAGUUAACGUUUCACAGACGGACAUGAAUUCUGUGUAUGUUCAUGUACUUACCUUUAGUGGUGAACGUCCAGGUUCUGAUCAGAAAAAAACAGGGUUUAUGUUCAUCAGUCGCCUGUAACAGAUUUGGUUUGUGAGCACAGCUAGCAGCUAUGUAGCAUGAAGAGUCGCAAGCUGUUGUUUGUGUUCCCGUCGUGGUGCGUUCACACCGGACGCGACGCAAAUUAUUUGCGCAAGCAGAUCACACAGAGUCAAUGCACAGAUGCGAGUGGACGUGAAUGACGUGAAUAGCGUCAGGUGGAAAUAUAUUUGUGUGAGAUCGUCCCUCCGUCACUAGUACAUGCAGUUUAAAAACCUGAUUGUAUUCGGGUUAAGGCGACAACCCGGUUUCUCAGACGCCAUGUAAACACCUCACCUCGGUUAACAGACCUACAUUACUCCAUUAGUAACCGGGGGAUUUGUGAAUGGGUACACCUUAACUGGGGCUAAGCUCGGGUAACAUGUUAAACCCGAGGACGUACGAGAUGUACAGCGCUCAAGAGUCGUCCACGUCCUUCCUUAUUCCGCCCAGCUGUACGCUGGCAGAGCGCCACCUGCUGUACCAGAGGCAGAGUUACUCCCGUCUUUCUUCACGUUCCUCCCCGCUCAUGUAUACAGGGAGAACUGGCGUAACCUGGUUAUUCAACUAACCGGCGUCAGGCCGCACCCCGAGGGUCAAACUAUUGUGGCUGUGUGGGGAGAGUCCACACCAGUUGCUAUUGUAUCGUGGCCGGGCGAAGAAGGAGAAGGGCUUGACAGGAAGUGAGCGAGGAAGUGGGACGCUAGCUUUAACUCCAGUUAGCACAACCGCGCUGCAUUUCUGUCUGACAUCCAACACUUCAUGUUCACGUGCGCGUGUAGAACGGGCAAAAUAUUCGCAAUAAACUGCGUGAACGACGCUUAUCGCGUUGAACCUCGAGGAAACUGACAGGAUCUUCAAUAAACUCUGUUAGCUCCGCUAGCUAACUACCAGAUUAGCUAGGUGUGGCUGCUAGCUGGUACAGCCGCGGUAGCGGCGGUUGGUUUUGGUUCCCUCAGCAGCCGCUGUAGCCACUAUUCCACAAAGCUUCCAGGACAAACGAUCUGACGUGGACACGCCAGCACAUGUGAUCAUCAUCCCAACUUGUUGUAAAACUUUUGCUGCCUUCGAUCCCACGUGAUGCGAACGCAGCACAGGCAGCGGGAGACGUUUGAGGGAAACAAGGAUCAGCGGGAAUAAAGAGUUCAUUUCAUCUUGAGUUAAAAAAUGCUAAAUGUAGCACCUUUAGCAUGUGUUGUGCAUGCAGGGCGGAGUAGGUUGUAAUGUUCAGGAGAUGUUAACGCACAUGAAAAGCACACAGACACACCACUGACCAAUCCAGCCGCUGCUCCCCGCCGACAGCAUGACAGGUGGGGAAGCAGUCGAUGACGGAAUGUAUGAACCUCCUUCUCCCGGUUUGUUUUUAUAAGAGUUCGCCGAGAUUUUGCAAAAUUUCCUAAAGGUUCGUACGUUGUGAAGCAUUUUGGAUCUCUGCUGGACGAACGGGCGAGCUGCCUUCACUGACGUCUGCAUCCUCUGUUUUUCCAAAGGCGAGGCAGAUGCAUGAACUUGUUGUUUUGCAUGCAGACUCCUCGGUCCGUGUGGUUCCCGUGUCCUGGUCGUGAAUAAUAAUAAUAAUAAUGAGUAAUAAUGACGUUUACAAUGUACCCGAUGAAAGGGGCCCGUUCUACUCUGAAGCAUGUUCACGGGUAAACGGAAAUGUGUGAGUAGAUUUUCAAAUAAGCACAAACAAGCUCAGUAUCUUUGAUCAGAUUUCUAGACAACACCUGUCUCGCGGUUUCUAGCCAUCUCUUUGGCAUCUUCUCUUUCUUUUCUCCCACAAGCUUCAUUUAAACUCCGGAUCAGGCUUCAGAACCUCACGCCUCUGCUCAUCCAUCAUUUCCCCACCACUUUGCUGCAGCUGCAGACAAGGUGGCCCUGGAAUCCUUCAUCCUAAGUAUCUGUGGAGAAAUUUUAGGGGGUCUCGGCCAUAGGCGUUUCGCAAUAACUCAAUAAAGCCCCUUACCACAUUUCCUCCUUGCUUUACAUUGGAUGUAGAUUAACGACAUUUGGUCCUGGGGCGCCAUCACCCCCAUUUUGAAUUCAGUGAGCAAAUUUGGCGCAUUUUGGACAUUUGCACACAAACAAACUCCUCCUCCUUUUUUUUUUCUGUGAUCCAGGUCUGUGAUCCAGUUCCGGGUGAACUGGUCCCAGGCAACCUGAACAUCCAACCAGUACAUAAAUUAAAAAAAAACAACUUUUUGGAUGAUAGUCCUAAUCCCCAGAAGGGAUUCCCUGGGUCUGGUGCAGCAGGGAGCCUUCAUCAGCUGCCUGAACCCCCUGAACUAACUCCUCCGAGCAUCUUCUUUUUCCAGAACCUUCUGGAGUUUUUCAUAAAUUGUAUAUUUUAUCAAUGAAAUAAAGCUUAAUUGUACUUUCCGUACCUGCAUGUGGCUCCUUACGCAGGCACUUUGAGCCCUCUGAGUUUGCUUCUGAAGUAAUAAUUUACUGACUGAUGAUGAUUUUACGUGGAGGACAGGUGUUGUCACGUGAACCUCAUCGUUGUGGUAACAUGCAGUAUUGUGUGCAAAACGAUGACGAACUGACUUGUGAUAAUAAAGGUUUCAUCAGUAGCCUC